CGCCUUCUUUCGUGACGCCCGGAGGCUCCCGGGAGAGGGCAGGGCUUUGUGACGCACGGUGUGACGUUUCCGGGGCUAUAAAAGGCACCGCCGAGGCGGCGGUUUCCCAGGAGCCGCCGGCAAGGGGGCAACGAGGAAGCUCGUUAGAGCGUAGCCGGAAAGAAAAAGUUGAGAUUAAAGACAUCCUGCCACAAUGAUUUCUUCAAAGCCCAGACUUGUCGUACCCUAUGGCCUCAAGACUCUGCUCGAGGGAGUUAGCAGAGCCAUUCUUAGAACCAAUCCGCCAAACAUCACCCAGUUUGCAGCAGUGUAUUUUAAAGAACUGAUUGUGUUUAGAGAAGGGAAUACUGCUCUGGAUAUAAAAGAUCUGGUUAAAAGAUUUCAUCAGAUUAAAGUGGAGAAGUGGUCAGAAGGAGCGACACAAGAGAAGAAACCAGGAUGCCUAAAAGAGCGAGAAGGAACAUCUGUAGUUUCCCAAGAACCUACACGGAUGGAAAAAUCGACAGACACAGAGGAGGACAAUAUAACUAGACCGCAGUACAGCAACAAAACCACCCAGUUUCCAUCAGUUCAUGCUGAGCUCACAGAGCCUGAGGAGAUGCCUGAAGCAGCGCGUGGUCCUUCCAAACCCACCACCCCUAAGGUCACCACCCCACCCUCGUCACCAUCUCCAGCAGCCGUGCCAGCAGAGUUUGCCUAUGUGCCAGCUGACCCAGCUCAGUUUGCUGCUCAGAUGUUAGGUAACGUUUCAUCUGUUCGUUCUGAUCAGUCUGAAGUGUUAAUGGUGGAUGUGGCCACAAGUAUGCCUGGUAUCUCGAAGGAGGUACUGGGCUCGGAGGCUGCUGAAGAGCUCCAGGUGACCAGUUCUCUCGUGUAUUCUGGAGAGGUGGUAACAGUGGAGGUUGUGAGCCAGACAUCCGUGCAGGUAGAUUUGGGUUCUAAAGCUAACGACCGUAAGGCUGAACCAUCAACGGCUUCCUCAUACCCCUUGCAGGGUGAACAAGAACCUCCUGCUCCUGAGGUCCCUUUGCAGGCCGAUGUUGAGAUUACAUCAGCUGUUCAUAUAUCAUCUAUAUAUAACAAUGAGCCUGUGACUGAAGGAGUUGUUUAUAUCGAACAGAUACCAGAACAAAUAGUUAUUCCUUUUACCGAUCAAGUUGCUUGUCUUAAAGGAAAUGAGCAGUCACCACCAGUUAGUCCCAGACCUGUAGUAGCCAAGACAGCCUCAGGCCUGCCUAGAGAGCCUGCCAAACGUGCACAGUUGGAGGAGGAGAAAUACGACUCCUCGGGACACACAGUCCUGUUCUCUGACGCCUCUCUGAGAGGUCAGCCCGAGGGACCUGCAGAACCCCCGGAUGCAGAGAGCUUUAUCAGAAUAGGCUCCGCGAAAUCUCUGCAGCUGGAAGUGGACAUGAUGUCCGUAGACCCUGGCAAUACUGGGCAGGAGUCCUGGGAGAACUCUGCACCCUGGGGGGCAGAGGGCAGACCUGAGCGCUCAGGUGCACCUGUCAAGUCAUCUAGUGGCCCCUUCCCUCCUGCUCCAGAAGGUCUCCCGGAGCCAGAAAUGGAACCAGAAGGGGAAGUCUCACCUGAGGAACAGGUUUGAUGAAGCCAGCAAUAGCAGCAAGCGAAGCAGGACAACCACCACCAUAUUCUAACAUGUGGACCCUUUAUUGUCUAACUGAUAUGAAUCAACAAAGCCGCCCAUCACCGCCACCUGCACCUGGGCCUUUCCCCCAAGCAACCCUCUAUUUAUCUAAUCCUAAGGAUCCACAGUUUCUGCAGCAU